GGUGGAAGCGGCUUCCUUCACGUUUAACCUCCGUCUUAAAUCACUGAGUUUAACUCUGCAGUGUUAAGUGUUUGACAUCCGUCCCACCAGACUCCGUUCAGAAAUCUGCAGUUUUAAAGCCGCAGUUUGGCCCUCAGCUGUCAUUGGCUGACAACGACUGCCCACUUCCUUGCUGUUGUAGUUUAAGAGCAAACGGCUCUCUUGACUCCAUGUUAACAUGCUGAUGUGAUUAAAGCAGUAGCAUUAAACUCGUGUUAUCUGCACACUAAAGAAGGUGAUCUGGCUGGAAUCAGUUCCUCUUCAGGAGGAAACAGGAGCUGCUCCUCCAACAUGGCCGACAUCUGGCAGACCGCCAUGGACCACGCCGUCACCACGGCACGCCGAGCUGGAGAGGUGGUGCGUGAGGCUCUGCAGGACGACAGGAAGGUGAUGACGAAGAGUUCGUCGGUUGAUUUGGUGACGCAAACCGACCAGAAGGUGGAGCAACUCAUCAUCCAAUCAGUGAAGGAGAAAUUCCCCACACACAGGUUCAUAGGGGAGGAGUCUGUGGCUGCAGGUGAAGCUUGUGUCCUGACUGACGGUCCCACCUGGAUCAUCGAUCCCAUCGACGGGACGACCAACUUUGUCCACGCAUUUCCUUUUGUUGCUGUUUCCAUCGGAUUCUCUGUCAACAAACAGAUGGAGUUCGGUGUGGUCUACAGUUGUCUUGAAGAUAAGAUGUUCACAGCAAGGAGGGGAAAGGGGGCGUUCUGUAACGGAGAGCCACUGCAGGUUUCUGACCAGGAAGACAUUAAACAGUCGAUUAUCGCCACCGAGUUUGGAUCCAGCAGAGACCCUGAAGCUGUCGAAAACAUCUUCUCCAGCCUGAGGAACAUCCUCUGCAUCCCUGUUCACGGGGUGCGCAGCGCGGGAACUGCAGCGGUCAACAUGUGUCUGGUGGCGCUGGGUUGUGUUGAAGCAUAUUACGAGAUCGGGAUCCACGUUUGGGACGUUGCUGCCGGCUCGCUGAUCGUCACCGAGGCUGGAGGCGUCCUGAUGGACGUGGAGGGUGGAGCGGUGGACCUGAUGUCCAGAAGAAUCAUCGCCGCCAACAGCAGAACCAUCGCUGAGCGGAUCGUCAAAGAGAUCGACUGCUUCGGUCUGCCCCGAGACGACGCUCCGCCGCCGCCGCUCAAACAGUGAAGAAGGGCAGUGCAUUGUGGGUUAAACAAUAUAUUUAAUGUGUUCAGGCUGCCGCAGAUGUUCAGUGUGUAAAGUUUGUGACAAAUAAAGUUUGUAAUAAAAGACAAAUACACAAAUGGA